CUGGUGACCACUGUGUCUUAUUGAUUCAAUAGACAAAUACAUUUAUUUAACUAGUAAAUAAUGAUUUCCAAGAUCGUCAUCGUUGCGGCAGCCCUCGCCAUCGCUGCGGCGCGGCCUCAGGGCGGGCACGAGCACGGGCACGCGUACUCGUCGCAGAGCAUCGUGCUGCACCAGAGCCACGGCCACGAGGCGCAGAGCCACGGCCACCAGGUGCAGAGCCACGGCCACCAGGAGCAGAGCCACGGUCACCAGGAGCACCACGCCCACGAGCAAGAGCACCACGUCGACUACUACGCGGAGCCCCACUACUCCUACGAGUACAAGGUGCAGGACCCGCACACGCACGACAACAAGUACCACCACGAGACCCGCAAGGGCGACCAGGUGAAGGGCGUCUACAGCCUGCACGAAGCCGACGGCUCCGUGCGCAUCGUCGAGUACACCGCUGACAAACAUAAUGGAUUCAACGCCAUCGUGAAGCACGAAGGCCACGUCCCCGAGCACCACCACUCGCACCAUUAA